GCCUUUACGCUUUCAGAAAGCCGGGUUUGUCUGUUGUCGGUGCGGGAUAUCACGCGCACGUUAUUUCCCCCCCGCCACCCUUUCAUACUAAUAUCACGAACUGUUUGUUUUUAUACUCAACCGGAGAAGCUGAAACGGCGUUCUACUGAAUUCGCCUUGAAUUUUGUUUCUUUUUAAAAGGAAAGAGAAAAUCCGCCUUUUUUUUCUCUCUCCCCCCCCUCCCCAACAACGUGGAUUCCUACUACGACGCCGACGUCCAUUCUUUAAUCUCCAUUGGAUUCUCGCGGCUUUGGGAAUAAUCUUUUGCCUAUCUUUUCCUACGGAUUUUUAUUUUAUUUUGUACAAUGCUCCUCUCCAAGCUGAACACCUUCGCCCACAUUUCAGCCGUCGACAUGCCUGCGAAGAUCCAGCUCCAAGUGCAUCAAGUGAAGGAAAAGGAGCCGUUUGAGAAGGUUUAUCAGGUCGGCUCGGUGUUGGGAAGCGGCGGCUUCGGUACGGUCUACACCGGCCUGCGGAUAGCCGACGGAGCGCCGGUUGCGAUCAAGCAUGUGGCUAAGGAGCGCGUGACCGAAUGGGGAGAAUUGCCCAAUGGUGCGCGCGUGCCCAUGGAGAUCGUGCUGCUGAAGAAAGUGGGCACGGGAUUCCGCGGUGUGAUCAAAAUGCUGGACUGGUACGAGCGCCCGGACGCCUUCAUCAUCGUUAUGGAGAGGCCGGAAGCCGUGAAGGACCUCUUCGACUUCAUCACGGAGAAAGGCGCGCUGCCCGAGGAGCUCGCGCGCGGGUUCUUCCGCCAGGUGCUCGAGGCGGUCCGUCAUUGCCACGCGAGCGGCGUCGUGCACCGCGACAUCAAGGACGAGAACAUCCUCAUCGACCUGCGCACCGGCGAGCUCAAGCUCAUCGACUUCGGCUCGGGCGCGCUGCUCAAGGACACCGUGUACACCGAUUUCGACGGUACACGUGUGUACAGCCCUCCAGAGUGGAUCAGAUACCACCGGUACCACGGCAGGUCAGCGACGGUGUGGUCUCUGGGGAUUCUGCUGUAUGAUAUGGUGUGUGGUGACAUCCCGUUUGAGCAGGAUGAAGAGAUUGUGCGUGGUCAAGUGCUCUUCAGGCGAAGGAUCUCGACAGAAUGCCAGCAGCUCAUCAGAUCGUGUCUGUCUCUGCGUCCUGCCGACCGCCCCUCCUUUGAGGACAUCAUCAACCACUCCUGGAUGCAGAACGCAUCGGCGCCACCUACAGACACCACAGAGAUCCGGUUGCACAGUUUGAGCCAUGAGGCGGUCACAGUAUGCAAGUGACUCACUACCCAGAGACUCAACACUACGUCAGCCAGCUGAGAGCCGACGGCCGCCCUCCGAUCUGAGCAGCGCGUGAAACAAACUUUUCAGGACCUGAAAUGUUUGUUUUUUCAUUUGUUUAACACACAAGGCAGCUGUCUACAGGUGAGCCCGGGAGGUCUGGGAUGUCAGACACCCCGCUCCCUUUCUGUCAAGAGGCGAGUCCGGCCGAGGAAGCGAUGCCCGCCGCGUAAGAUGUGCCCUGUGCAAACUUGAAGUGGUCCGUGCGAUGCUGAAGAGUAAAGGCAUGCCUGUGAAUGGACUGAGAGACCUCCAUUGCGGAGGACGCAAGCUUUCAUUUAGUGCCUUCUGUGUGAGUGUCGGAAAUAAAUACUUGAAUUGAGUAAUAGCCACUGUACCACUGCUCCUUAUCCAGAUGUCACAAUUUUCUUGCUUCCAUCUCAUCUGCGCUAUGCAGAGAGUAACCAAAACAACCUCAGAUAACCUGUGCAGAAUGACCGUCCUACACCUCUCUCUCUCUCUCUCUCUCUCUCUCUCUCUCUCUCUCUCUCUCUCUCUCUCUCUCUCUCGCUUGCUCUCUCUCUCUGUCUCUCUUGCGCUCUCUCUCUAAUAUCCUGACUAACUCAACACAACUACCACUUAUCAAUACAGAUGCACACAGCAAUGCAACUACGACAUGAGAGAACUACAAACUGUUGUCAAUAUUGUAAAUAUGUAAUUGUCUUACGACUCUAAAUUCCAAGACGAGGCCUGUUUAAUAUUUAUUUGAAUUUUUUUUUCUUUCUUGAAAGCAAGAUCUAAGUGGAAUUAUUUAUUUAUUUAUAGUAGAACGAUUUAUUUUGUUCGACAUUUUGUCAUUCCACACUGAAGGGUCCACAGCAUAUUUAAAAAAAAAAAACAACUAUUUUACCAUAUUUAAGAGCAGACUUGUACAUAAGUGUAAAUAAUCUUUACAAGCACUUCCAUUGUCUGACGCAAGGAGUACUGAAAAGUCUACUGAAUAAUAAUUUUUUUUUUUUUUUUUUAACUUAAUUGUCUGCUGUGCAUUGUUAGACGAAUGUCAUUGUGUAUGUCGCACAAACGUCUACAUGUUUUUGGAGUUUCACCUCUAGCAUGACUGCAGCUUGUAUUUUUAUUUGAUUUAGUGACUGUAAAUUGUUUAGGAGGUUAUUUUUUUACACAAGUUUCAAUAAAUAUUUUUUUAAGUGCUGAA